AUGACUCCAUUCAAGGCCAUGUAUGGCAAGACAUGUCGUACUCUACUGUAUUGGGAUGAAGUUGGAGAACGACGUAUAUUGGGCCCUGAAUUGAUCCAGAGGACCUGUGAGAAGGUUGAUUUGAUAAGAGAGAAGAUCAAGGCUACACAGUCCAGGCAGAAGAACUAUGCAUAUAGAAGAAGGCAGCACAUUCAGUUCAGAGUUGGUGAGAAGGCAUUCUUGAAGGUGUCCCCAAUCAAGGGUGUUGUGAGAUUUGGGAAGAGAGGGAAGUUGAGUCCUCGAUAUAUCGGCCCAUAUGAGGUUGUAGCCAGAGUUGGUGCAGUGGCCAAUCAGCUUGCACUGCCCCCAUCACUUGCCAAUGUGCAUGAUGUAUUCCAUGUCUCUAUAUUGAGACAAUACAUCCCUGACUCAUCACAUCUGCUGCCUCAGCAACCAGCUGAGCUUAUUGCUGAUUUGACCUAUGAAGAGGUGCCUGAAGAGAUUGUUGAUGUAAAGGAGCAUAACCUAAGGAAUCGAACCAUCUCUUUUGUUAAACUCAGGUGGUGUAACCACUCUGUAGCUGAAGCAUCUUGGGAAAGAGAAGACUUGAUGAAAGAGAGAUACCCUUAUCUCUUCGGUCUCCCAGGUUCCAGCUCUGAGUCUAUGGUUACUGCGAUGCUAUGGGCUGCAUCGGUCGAGGAUACAAAUGAAUCACUCGACACACCUAUGGAGGAUUCUAGGAAUUCUUCCCAACUUACCCUUCUGGAGGUUGUAUUCCCUGUUCUGGUCAGUAUUGCUGGGAUCUUUGGAGGGUAA